CACAAAGCUCUUUAGCUCAGUCUUAUUCCCGUCUACAGAGCGACUUCAGUCUUAAUGGAGUCUUAAUCUUCCCUAGGCAUUAAGUCGCUUGCACGAUACCGUAAGCCAGCCCGCUAGAUUAGGACAAGAUUGGGAACUAAGUUUCAGACGUAGUCUGCCCAUGUGCAGGCUGAUUCCAAUCUUUAUCGCGCUGUACCAAGAUGGCUGCCGUGCGGCUGGCUCGACUCCAGCUGAUUGCCGAGCUCCUGAUGCGCCGCGAACGUGUGUUCCGGGAUCGCACGAACAUCUUCGAAGUUUUCGACGAAGACGAGCUUCAGAGGCGUUUCCGGUUUGGUCGCGCUGGCAUCGCCUACCUCGCCGAGCUCCUGCGUGACGAUCUUCAGCAUCCCACUCGUCGGAGCCACGCUUUGAGCGUUGAGCAACAAGUGGUGCUCGCGCUGAAGUUUUUCGCUACCGGUGGUUUUUUGAUCACGGCCGGCGAUACUAUCAACGUGCACGAAUCGACGGCCAGCCGCACCGUACGGCGAGUUGCUCUUGCUCUCGUCCGCCACUGCUCAACUUGGAUACGCUGGCCCUCACCGAACGAGCUGGCUGAGGUGCAGACCAACUUCUACGGUCUGGGCGGCUUCCCCUGCGUGGUGGGUGCAAUAGACGGCACGCACGUAAGGAUCCAGGCACCCGAGGAGAACGAGGAGGCGUAUGUCAACCGGCAUUUCUACCAUUCCAUCAACGUUCAGCUCGUCGUCGACGCCAACUGCCGGAUACUUGACGUCGUCGCAAAAUGGCCAGGUGGAACGCACGACGCGCGGAUGCUCGCCAAUAGCAGCCUCGCCAAACGCUUCGACAGGGGCGUGCACACGGGCCUUUUGUUGGGGGAUAGUGGAUACCCAUGUAGGCCAUGGCUGAUGACCCCUUUCCGGACACCAGACACUCCAGGGAAGAGGCGCUAUAAUGCAGCGCAUGGCACAACAAGGGCAGUGGUCGAAAGGAAGUAUGUUUCAUGGCUGCCUCCUGCUGAACCAACCAAGCUGCUGUUCCCAUUGCAGGGCUGCUGCCUCCAGCUCAACGUUCUGCCGAUUAAGCUGGAUCACCUCCUGCUGCCGUGUUGCUGCUGCUGAUGGCUGCCGUGUGCUGCUGACUGUGUGGUGGUGCUGCCGCUGAGUGCUCUGGCUGAUAGGAACAGGCUCGUUUAGGUCUUGUUGCUGAUGACUGCUGUGAAUGGAAACAGCCUCAUCACCUGCUGCCGUGGCUGUCUGGCUGCACUCUCUAUCUGAGUGUAUGCUGUCUAAGGAAAGUGGGCUCCCUGGCACAUCAACAGCAGUGGGAACAGGGCCGAGUGUGUCACCAGGUACUUCGUCAGCAUAAAAUGCGCUCUCGUCGACAGCAUCAGGAACAUCAUGAGGAACAUAUUCUGUAAAAUCUGUGUAGUACUCUGUUGAGUCACUGUUUAUGGCUUGUUGUCCAGAUGGCCCAGGUACAGCUGCAUCGCAUGGCAGUGGUUGCUGCUCGCCUGAGAUGUCCCUGUGCAGAUAGGACGUGGUAUUUUAGUGGUCGUGUCUACCAACACUUGCUGCACUUUUUUUUUAACUUUGUAUAAACGUGAGUUGCUUGUAACAAUGGUGAAUGAUAUUAUUUGGGCCUGUUGAUUGAAUGUCAUCUCCUUGGGGCCAUAGAUGGCAACACACAAGCACAUACAAGGUACAUAUAAAUCUACAAUUAAAGCUUGAAGAAUGGAUACCAGGCACAUUUAGUUCUAUACGCAGCAGAUAUGGUUCUAUGCAUGGCUCAUGAUAAUGUAUAGGUGACACGUGUUAAUGUAUAUGGGGCACAUAUAAUUUAAUACGAUUUUUUUAUAGGGAUCUGCUAGCAUCAUUGUCAUCAGGAUGACACCACCUCUACUGGGCGUGGCAAUAUGAGUGGCAGGAUCACAACUUGUUUGGACCAACAACACAAGCAGUGGCCUGCCCACUUUACACAGAGUGUGCUUGUAAAUCUGCCUCCUGGAGUUUUGUAAGAUGUCAUAUAGAAGACGUUACAUAGUGUAUUUGCAAGAUAAUCAUGAAGACUGCUAUAUUGAUUGCUGGAAUUUCAUGCGCAACAGGGCUUAUGAAGGAAGCACCAUGUCCGUUGCUGCUCAGUACUCACUCGCUCACGUCUAUGCCGCCUGAUAAGCCCACAAGCAUGGGAUUUUCAGGCCCGAUGACAUCUCUGACGGCUUCCAGCAGGGCAGGUAUGUCAUGGUCAUUUCGACCGGCACCUGCAAACAUUCCAGACAUUCAUCACCCCUGUGCGCACAAGAAAACGCUGUGCAUAGUGACUAUAAGAUGUGUUUGCCUCACGAAAUACUAGUGGGAUUUAGUUAGAGCACGCACAUUAACGCACCUUUUGCAACAAUUCAUUACUUUGUAUGCAGCUGUAGCGGUGUCAGGCAAAGUCAAUUGAUGAUUGUGUGUGAUCAGUAUGCACAGUGUACCAUGUUUUAUCUGUAUGUUCUUGUGCCUGCCGCAUCAAAAUUGCAAAUGUUGCUAUUUAUCACGGAAUUAUAAGAUGUCGCAUGUUGUUUGUGCAGCCAUUGUGUUUUAUUAGCAAUAUUUAAUCUUUCUUCUAAAUGACGUGUUCCGCACUGAUUGCUUGACGCUCUUGCUUCUGUGCAAAAUAAAUGUUUCCUUUUCUGUGUAA